AAAGACAGAGCAAGGCAAAUCCUAAGGCAGCAUAUUUUAAUAGGAAAAUUCAGACUGGAAGAUCUCCAAGAUUUUGACAAGUUCUACACUUUACAAGGCAAUGCGGCAGAGAUGAACAUUCGUGUGGUAGGAUUUUAUUUUUGGUUUUAUUAGAACAUGUGUUUUCCCCAUGUUUAGAGAGUGGAAGAAGCCAGUUUUUCCUGAAAUAUUAUUGAAAUGCUUUGUCAAUAACUGCUCAGAAAUGUAUACAUCUGAAUUAGACAUAAUUGCCAAUAGUGUUGAUAAUUUAAGUUAGCCCUAUAUGACCUAAGAUAAAUAAAUAAUUUUUUUUUAACAAAAUUACUAAUUUUCCAAUAUUUACAGAAGUUAAAAUUUGAUUUAGGGCCUAUUGUUAACAAUUGUAAGAGUUAUUUAAAUUUAUUAUUUGCUAACUAUGCCAACAUAGUAUUAAAUAACUUAUGUUAUAGAAGAUUUAUCUUAAUGGUCAGUUAUUCUAAAUAAUAUCUUUUAUGAAAUCAAGCUUGAGGUAUACAUAAAUAAUUGCUUUGAAUGAGCAACUCUUGACAUCAGUCUUAAAUUAUAAAAAUGAACUCAAACUAUAUUUAUCAUAUUAUAAUAAAUCUCAAGUUAUCAAAUUUACUCAUGAAGAGCUCCAGUUAUUACUUUUUUGAUAAGCUAUUGUAAAUAUCUUAAUUUGACCUUGUGUGAUAAAAUACUCCAAUAACUUUGCUUAACAUCAGUUGCUAAAUUUUUUCAAAUUGUGGAGGAAAAAGUGGAUAAAUUUAUUAAUUUUGAAUUUGUCACUAUUCACAAAAAUCUCUUUCCAUUAGAUUUAUAAUGAUAAAAAUAUUAUUAACUACAUUAUAGUUAAAAUAUAAUUUUAAAUUUUAAUAAUUAUUUACUGAAGACAUGUUGUUUUCUUGAAGGCUAGAAACACUUUUAAGUACAAACUGGAAGGUUCAUCGGCCAAGGCAAAAGUUAUUUUCAGGAAUUUUGAGGCCAACAAUGGGAUGAUACACUUUGUGAAUGGAAUUCUUACUUUGAGACCCCCAAUUCCAGGAGAUACAAAUGUAAAUAUAUGCCUUUUAUCUCUUGAGUCAUUUAAAAUGUUCCUCAAUGAAAUGUUUUAAAAGAAUUAUUUUUCAUAAAACAAUAAAUGAUUCUAAAAUUUUAAAGUUCUUAUAAUUGUUGACAUAACCUAUUUGUACACGAAAUAAUUUAAUCAAUUAAGUUUAGAAUUAAUUUGAGACAAUUAGAAUUUUUUGCAACUUUGAAAAACUUACUUUGGAAAAAGUAUUUUGUUGUAAUGCAAUUGUAACUUUUAAAAUUCGUAUACUUAAGGUUAAACAAACCAAGAUUUGUUAGAAUCUGCCAACCUGAAAUUCCUAUUAUUAAAAGAAAUGCCUUAAUUGAUAAGAAUAUUGGGUUUAUCCACAGAAAUCUGCUUUAGAGCUGAUAAGACAAGAACCUGCAUACAACAAGUUUGAAAUGCUAAUA